AUUCACUAUGAUGCUCGCCUAGCUGUGAGGAGCUUCUUGUGCCCGGCUCCCCUUGUGUGCGUAAAACUUUCUAAUGAAAUCCCACAUUUAUUUUUGACCAAUUUAGAAUUCGUUCUACUUAGGGUCAAGAGGGAUUCAAGACACUCAAAGAACUUUCCCUGCUAAAGAAAACUCAGAAUCAUGGAGCCCAUUUCUACGGCGGGAGGGGCUGAGGAAGAGCACCAUGGAAACUACUCACCAAAUCCAUCUGCAGAGGCGCCACCUGGAAAGCACGCAGUGUCAGAGGCCUUGGAAGAGGUGCAGGAGGAGUUGAUAGAACAUCAACCUCUGGAGCAGGAAGACCUGAACUUUGAGAAAUGGAAGCCCAAGCCCAAACCUAAGAGAACGCUCCACGAGAAAGCAGGCGAUGUGAAGACAUAUCUAUGGAACGCAGAGACCAGAGAGUUCAUGGGCCGCACUGGGCAUAGCUGGUUUCUGAUCAUCCUCUUCUACACGGCACUGUAUGCAUUCCUGGCGGCCAUGUUUGGUGCCUGUAUGUGGUGCCUCAUGCUGUCUAUCAGCCCCUACCAUCCAACCCACAACGACAGGGUGAUGCCACCAGGUAUGACGAUGUCCCCACAACUGGAUGGGCACUAUGAGAUCGCCUUCAAUGCAUCUGACCGCAAGUCUUGGAAGAAGUAUGCAAAGCUAAUGGAAGAACAACUAAGACCAUACAAUGACGCCGUACAGGAGCAGAGGAACAUCCAGUGUCCGCAGGACGCGUACUUCAUGCAGGAUGAACAAGGGGAAAGCGCAGAGAGGAAGGCGUGCCAGUUCAAGAGGUCCUGGCUGGGCGAGUGCUCGGGGCUCCAGGACCCCCACUUUGGAUUCUCCCAGGGGAAACCCUGCAUCCUCCUCCGAAUGAACCGGAUACUGGGCUAUUUACCUGGCCAUGGCACUCCCGUAAACGUCACCUGUGGAGUCAAGAAAGGUGCGCCAGAAAGCUUAGGAGAACUUCAGUUCUUCCCAAAAAGCAUUUUCAACCUGAUGUACUACCCUUACUAUGGGAAGCUGAGACAUGUAAACUACACAGCACCGGUGGUGGCCGUGCGUUUCAAUGGGCUGCAGUAUGACACCCACAUUGUUGUAAAAUGCAAACUCAAUGGCAAGGGCAUCAUCAAUGAUUCGCCUACCGAUCGCUUCCUAGGCAGUGUGUCCUUCUCCUUCGAUGUGGGCGCAUAGUAGUAUUCCCCAUGCUGAAUGCUGUCCCCAUGACAACCAGGAGACAAGAGAAUAUAGGAAAAAAUCUCAUUAUGUUGAAUCCUUGUUUUGCAUAAAAUAGUUGACCAGCUUCUCUCUUCUCCCAUUUCCUCAUGUACUCUUGUGCCUUUUGCUGAAAAAAGCAAUCAUUUGGAAUGUUAUAGGAUCAUAAGCAUACACACACGACACAGACACCUCACCGAUAGUCUUGAGCACAAGCUAAGUAUAGAAACUGAAUAUUACCAUUGAAUACUUAGCUAGAUGAAUGCCACUAGCUAGGUUUAUGAAACACAAGGCUCAUCUCACAGGUAGUUCGUCUCUGUAGCUAUGCAAUUUAUAAUUUAAGACAUUAUUAAUAGACAUAAAUACCCACUGUACAAUAAGGAUAUAAGAGGAACAUGUUAAGCACAUUUUGAUUUGAAAUCAAAUUGUGUACUAAUUUCUUUUGAGUUUGUACUUUUCAACAGCAUAUCUAUUGUGUUUUGUAGACUCCAAGGGCUACAAUAUGAAGAAUGGUGAAGGCAGGACACUUUUACUUAAACAGUAAGAUAAACAGUAAAUGACUAGGUUACAUUUCAGGUUUUACAUAGUAAGCUAAACAGUAAAUGACUAGGUUAAAUUUCAAUAAGCUAAACAGUAAAUGACUAAGUUAAAUUUCAAUAAGAUAAACAGUAAAUGACUAGGUUAAAUUUCAAUAAGAUAAACAGUAAAUGACUAGGUUACAUUUCAGUAAGAUAAACAGUAAAUGACUAGGUUACAUUUCAGUAAGAUAAACAGUAAAUGACUAGGUUACAUUUCAGUAAGAUAAACAGUAAAUGACUAGGUUACAUUUCAGUAAGAUAAACAGUAAAUGACUAGGUUACAUUUCAGUAAGAUAAACAGUAAAUGACUAGGUUACAUUUCAAUAAGAUAAACAGUAAAUGACUAGGUUACAUUUCAGUAAGAUAAACAGUAAAUGACUAGGUUACAUUUCAGUAAGAUAAACAGUAAAUGACUAGGUUACAUUUCAGUAAGAUAAACAGUAAAUGACUAGGUUACAUUUCAGUAAGAUAAACAGUAAAUGACUAGGUUACAUUUCAGGUUUUGUUGUUGUUUUUUGAUAGCUCCUUAUUCUACAUUUAUUGAUAAUAUACAUUGAGUGUACAAAACAUUAACAUUAAUAUUGAGUGCUCUCAUAUAACAGCCUCAAUUUGUUGUACAAGGUGUCGAAAGCAUUCCACAGGGAUGCUGGCCCAUGUUGCUCCAAUGCUUCCCACAACUGUGUCAAGUUGGCUGGAUGUCCUUUAGGUAGUGGACCAUUGUUGAUACACAUGGGAAACUAUUGAGUGUGAAAAACCCAGCAGCGUUGCAGUUCUUGACACAAACCGUUGUGCCUGGCACCUACUACCAUACCCUGUUCAAAGGCACUGAAAUCUUUUGUCUUGCCCAUUCACCAUUUGAAUGGCACACAUACACAAUCCAUGUCUCAAUUGUCUCAAGGCUUAAAAAUCCAUAUUUAACCUGUCUCAUCCCCUUCAUCUACACGGAUUGAAGUGGAUUUAACAAGGGAUCAUAGCUUUCACAUGGAUUUACCUGGUCAGUCUAUGUCAUGGAAAGAGCCGGUGUUCUUAAUGUUUUGUAUACUCAGUGUAUGCUGCCAUUUUGUUUUAUUUUGUAUGAACACAAGACUGCUACUGAGACUGUAAUACUGCAGGCUGACUUUGAUCUCUAUAUUAGCUGAUGGAAAGUAAGAUCUACUGUGGAAACCGACAGAGGUCACAUUGUUGCUAAACUUGUAUGCCAGUCUUGCACACUCUUCAUGAAAUAACAGGCUAUUUUGAUUUAGGCCUAGAAUUAAUCAUUGUUACUGUACCUUUGCUAUGAUUCUACUAAACCUGGUAUCCAUGUAUUUAUUCUGAUAUAUACUAUAAUAAAUACAAUGUUGAUAAGAACAAUGCUUUUUUUUCCAUAGGAAUGUAUUAUAUAUUUUUUACAUGCAACUCUUUUCUUACGUUGAAGGUUGUCAAGCACAGUAUAUUAAACAUAACUUAUUACACAUGCACAAACAAGAUAAAGUAAUGACUAUCCUUUAGCCAUCAUUCUCUGAAGGUCUACUUUGUCCAGAUAUACACUUCCCUACGUAUUUAUUUGGACAGUGAACCUAAAAUUUCUCGAUCAUUUUGGAUUUGAGAUCAAAUGUUUUUUUUUUGUAUGAGGCGACAGAACAGAAUGUCACCUUUUAUUUGAGGGUAUUUUCAUAUAUAUAUCGGUUUUACCAUUUAGAAAUUAAAGCACUUUAUGUAUCUAGUCCCCCCAUUUGAUGGUGUCAUAAGUAUUUGGAUAAAUUCACUUAUAGUGUAUUACAUUUAGUUAAACGUUAAGUAUUUGGUCCCAUAUUCAUAGCACGCAAUGACUACAUCAAGCUUGUGCCUCUAUGUAAGCUAUUUAUGCUUCUGUAAUUCUCACUUAUCAUUAUUCACGAUUCAUUCAUGAUUAUCCAUAAUCACGGUAGCAUCCACAUUAAUGUUGAAGUGUUUAGGAACAUAUUCUAUUCUUAUUUACAAUAAAAGUAGCUACAAAAUGACACAAUACAUUAUUUUCCAUUUAUUUCUAUUGCGCAAAACAUAAUCCGUAAGGAAACACAACCAAAACAAACUGCAAAUGCACCCAUUGCCAUCCAACAAAUGUGAAGAGUCAAAAGUUUGAUGCACUCAUUGCGUGCUAGGAAUAUGGGACCAAAUACUAAACUUUAGACAAAAUGUGAUACACUAAGGGUUGGUUUCCGGGAAACAGACUAAGCCUAGUCUUGUACUAGAAAGCUAUUUCAAUGGAGAUUCUCUAUAAGCUUUUUAGUCUAGUACUAGACUUAGUCUGUUUCCAGGAAACCAACUCUAUACGUGAAUUAGCCCAAAUGCUUGACACAUUGAAAUAGGGGGACUAGAUAAAUAAAGUGCUUUAAUUUCUAAAUGGUAAAACAGAUUUGAAAAUACACUCAAAUAAACGGUGACAUUCUGUACUGUCGCCUCGUGUCAAAUAAUUGAUCUCAAAUCCAAAAUGCUGGAGUAGAGUGCCAAAUUAAAAGUUUUUGCUUCACUAUCCAAAUAAAUAAGUAGUGGUGUGUAUAUUUAAAGGCAUUGCAGAAUGAUUUAUUCAUUUUAUUCAUUAUGUUGAUAUGGUACAGUCAAUGAUCAAAACUGCCUAAGAAAUAUUAAAAUGGUGAGUGUUAUGCCAAUUCAUAUUGUUUAAUAAAAACCACUGUAGCAAAUGUUAACAAUAAACAUUAAAUUAUAUUGACUAAUUGAA